AUGCCUGUGGCCACGACACCAACUGCCUCACCCCGUCCAUCCACGACUUCCAAGAUGGAGGACAGGAAGAGACCGGCAAUCAACACUGACGAGCUCGCGCCACCCAGCAAGCGAGUCGCGGUGAAUGGUACCAGGACCAAGGAUGAUGGCCCUGAAAUGAAAGAGGAAGGCUGGAUCGAGUCAUACACCAAAGGCGCCAUCUAUCGACAAAUGCAGGAAUAUAGCCGUAGGGCAUCGACUGCGGAAUCACGUCUCGAAGAACUACAUAAGCGAUCAGUACAUCACGAUGAUCACCUCCGGAUCAUUGAUGCUUGGUGGCUGCAGGUUCUUGAGGAGUUGCAACUCUUGGCCGAGUCCACCAUUUCGUCAAACCCAACUCCCUCAGAUGGCCGCUAUCUGACUGGUGUUACGUUCAAGGACCUUCAUGAUUUUCAAAAACAUUUACAAGACAAAGGAAAAAACAUAAAAUCGAAAGCCGAGUCCUUAUUGAAUCGAAUCGCAGCGCAUCGUGGAGAGUUGUCGCCUGAAGGUGCUAAAUUAGAGGCCAAAAUCACUGCGCUUUUAGCAUCCCAGAAGGAAUACCUGUUGAAACUCGACCGUCUCAGCAGCGAGAAAGAGCAGCUCUCCGAGCAACUGAAUGCGGCAACGCUCCGAUAUUUCAAGGCUGAGAAGAAGUUGGAUCGCGCUAAAAGUGUUCAGGUGCAAAAGCUUGAGCAACAAGCUUUUGCAAAAGUAACAGAGCCAUCUUCCGGUGCAGGCAAUGGUGCGGAUGGAAGAGAAACCAACGGCAAUGCCAACCAUGGGGAAAUCCUGAUGAAAUAUGAGGAGGCAACAGCAGCUGCAGCGAAACAAAAGGAGCAGAUCGACAAGUUUCUGGCAGAGGUCAAAACGCUACAAGACGAAAAUUCGGCAUUAAAAGCUCGGCGUGAUGCGUUAACUGACGAGGAUUACAUUCGUACGGAUGUGUUCAAACAGUACAAAAUCCAAAAUGAGGAUCUCAUUAAACGGAUCAACAAUCUUGAAGCCACGAAUAAGCAAUUACGAGAAGAGGCAGAGAAGCUCCAGGCAGAGAGAACCGCAUUCCGGACUCAGUUAGAAACAGAUGCGAAUCAGAUCACCCAGGAGCUGGAAGCGGAGAUCAUAACUCGCGACAACGACUUGACACGGGUUCGGUCCGCUCGUGAUGAGAUUCUGGCUGAAAAUACCCAGCGGAAAGCACACAUGGAGCGUGAUAGGAUUGCUCUUGAACAGAUCAAGGAGCUCGCCGCCGCCAAGGACGAUCGAAUCUCGGCGCUUGAGUCGGAAAUUGCCAGACUGAACCCAGCCAACGAGGAAGGAGCGGAGUCAAGCGAUGUCACAGAAUUAUCGCAUGAGGAUCUGCAAGCCAAAUACAAGAAGUUGCUGCUUGACUUCCAAUCAAUUAACCAGGAGCUCCCUUCUAUUGAGAAGGCAUACAAGAAAAUGAAGGACUUGGCGCAGAAGAAAAUCAUGGACUUCGCUUCGCUUGAGGAACGUGUUUCGGUUUUGACGGCAGAGAAGAGCAAGGCUGAUCAAAAGUACUUUGCUGCCAGAAAGGAUGCUGACACAAGAAACAACGAAAUUCGAUCUCUUCGAAUUCAGAACGGAAAGAGUGCUGAAAUUAUUGCUCAACUGAAGGAUUUGGAAUCUCAAAACCGGACACUCCUCAGCAAUUUGGAGAAACAAAUGGCAGAUCUGAAGCAAACCAAUGCUCAGCUGCUAGCGAAGAGCAAGGAGACGGAGAACAGUAGCCAGGAGUCGAUCCGCCGUGCUGAAGCCCUAAACAAGCAAGUUAGUGAUUUGACCAAUUUGGUGAAGUCCAAGGACGCCGCCGCAGCAGCCGUGAAGGAGCGGAAUACGGCUCAAGAGACGGAGGCGGAAAGGCUCAAAGUGCGGGUUGAUGCUAUGCAAAAAGAUCGUGAUUACUGGAAGACACAAGCGCUGAGCAACCAUUCAGUAGAAAUGGAGGGUUUGAGGCGUUUUGCUCUCUGCUCAAUAUGCGAAAAGGAAUUCAAGAACAGAAUUCUAAAGACAUGUGGUCAUCUCUUUUGCAAGGGCUGUAUCGAAGACCGCAUCAGCAACCGUAUGCGGAAGUGUCCAUCUUGUGCUAGGUCAUUUGACAAGAUGGACGUCAUGCAGGCUCAUCACCAACACGAUUAUUAA